AUCCGCCUCUCCGUGGACGCCAGUCUGACUAAGGCGAUAGGAAGCUCCAGAAUGUCCCUCUCUAUCAAAAAGAAAUCCUACUUUGGGGUAGAAGUUCCUAUGCCCUGCCUUUUCAAUAUCGGAUCAUGUACAUACGAUGACCUCUGUACAAUGGUCCAGCAAAUGAUCACGGAGAACUGGGUGGGGAUAGUGGGGGGUAUCGGUACACAGAUCCAGACCAUGCUGACCAGUGUGGGGGUCAAUGCCAGUCAGUGCCCCCAGCCCCCCAGGAAUAUCCGUAUCACCGACUAUCCAAUCAGCAUUCCCAGAAUUCCUGCUAUCCUCACCUGGUUUGCAGCGGGUGACUACCAUGUGAUCGUUAGGGUGAAUGAGAACGCCACGGGGAGACAACUAGUGUGUCUAGACCUCCAGCUCUCCGUCACCCAACACAGAGAGCCCAGCACUUCCGGCUGGUUGUUUGGUGGCCGAUAACAACGACCUUAAUAUAUUGAUAUUGUUUCA